UUUACGAUCUAGUGUGAUACGAUCAAAGGCACGAAACUCAUUCCUUCUCAUGGAUUUACAAAAAGCAAAUUGCCAAAUUUGUAAUAUUAGAACUUACAAAUACAAAUGUCCUCAAUGCGAAAUUUGUACUUGCUCUCUAGAUUGUGUCAAAAAACAUAAAAAGGAAUAUGAUUGUGAAGGGAAUAAUUAUAGAACUAAAUAUAUUCCAAUGAGCAAGUUUGAUAACCUUACACUCCUUUCAGAUUAUAGAUUUCUAGAGGGAAUAAAUCGUGACUUGGAAUCAAGUAACAGAAAUCAUUGGCUACAUCCAUUUGAUUUGCCCAAAAGAGUAACCAUAAUGAAACGAUUUGCCAGAUCACAGAGGAUUUUUUUAAGGAUAAUGUCUUAUGGCAUGUCACGCCAUGCUGAAAAUACUACAAUAUUCGAUAUGAAAACCAAGAAAUUCUUAUGGCACGUCAAGUGGGUAUUUCCCUCUAUAAAUUAUUGUCAUCACGAAAAAAGAGUACCGGAACAAACAUUGCUAAAAGAUUUGCUGGAUAAAUUUUUAUCAGAAUGUUUGGAUAAUACUUCCAUUAGCAGAGGAACAAAAGACAAUAACAUAACCAAAUCGCACAACGAUUAUUACGUUUACAUGAAGAACGAAUGUAGACAGAGUCAUCAACUCAAAAGAUGGCAUUUCAUCGACUUGGCAAAAAGUUUAAAGUUCAACCUAUUCAAAAAAGUCAUAUUAGAAUAUCCCGUUCUUCAUAUUGUAUCCAAAAGUGACGUAUUUUUUUUGAAUUCCGUUUACGAUCCAACCGGGGAAAGGUACAAAGAAGAAUCUAUGGUACUUCUCGAUACAGACACUGUAUUAAUGAACCCACAAAUGGAAGAAGAGCCUAUGGUGCUUCGCUAUACCGACACAGCAUUAACAAAUCCACAGCUAGAAGAACAUUUGUUACUUCUUGAUACCGAUAUUUUAUUAACGAAUUCACAAACAAAGGAACGUUUGGCACUUCCCGAUACUGACCAUGGAUUGACGAACCCAAAAGUGGAAGAAGAACCUAUGGUGCUUGGUUAUGCCGAUAUUGCAUUAACUAAGGCAAAGUUAGAAAAACAUGUGGCACUUCUCGAUACUGACAUUUUAUUAAUGACUUCGCAAACAAAGGAACUUGUGACACUUCCCGAUACCGACCAUAGAUUAACGAACCCAAAAGUGGAAGAAGAGCCUAUGGUACUUGGUUAUGCCGAUACAAUGAAGACUAAGUUAGAAGAACAUGUGGCACUUCUCGAUACUGACAUUGUAUUAAUGAAUUCACAAACAAAGGAAUUUGUGGCACUUCCCGAUACCGACAAUGUAUUAACGAACCCAAAAGUGGAAAAAGAGCCUAUGAUACUUGGUUAUGACGAUACUCCAUUAAUGAAGGCAAAGUUAGAUGAACAUGUGGCUCUUCCUGAUACCGACAAUAUAUUAUCGAACCCAAAAGUGGAAGAAGAGCCUAUGGUACUUGGUUAUGCCGAUACUGCAUUAAUGAAGGCAAAGUUAGAAGAACAUGUGGCACUUCUCGAUAAUGACAUUGUAUUAAUGAAUUUACAAACAAAAGAACCUGUGGCAAUUCUCGAUGCUGAUGCUAUAUUAACGAACACGCAAGUGGAAAAAGUACCACGCUACACUGACACUAUAUUAAUGAACCCACAAGUGGAAGAAGAGCCUUUGGUACUUCGCAAUGCUGAUACUGCAAUAACGAAGUCGCAGCUAGAAGAACAUAUUACACUUCUCGAUACCGACACUGUAUUAACGUACCCAAAUGACGAUGAAGAAUCUAUGAUACCCUCGCUAUAUAGACACUUUGCUAACGAAGCCACUAAUAUAUGAAUAUUUGGUACUUUUAGAUUCCGACACUCCUGUAACAAUACCAUAAAUAGAAGAACGUAUAGACCUUAUCGAUGCCAACAUUAUAUUAAACUCACAAAGGGAAGGAAAUAUUAGCUAAUGAAUUUAAUCAUACAGACGGAAUGAAAUAUUAGCUAAACUCUAUAAUUAUAUAUAUUAUUUUAUAAGAGAUAAUAAAUAGUAUCGUAUUGAUUUAUUGUACAAUUUCAAAUUUUUUUAAAACAUGCAUGGUAUUGGCAUAUAUA